AUGACGUUCGAGCAAGCGGUGGACAAGGCUAAAGUUCUUGAGCAGAUAGAGCUUGACGUAAUGACUAUGAAAAAUAAGAACGGAAACCUAAAUCGGGUGAACGCAGGCAGAUGGUCGAGGAAGGACGGGAACCGAUCAGCGAGCCGUGGAGGACACCGAAGCAACUCUGGAGGCCGGGGCACGUGGAAGCAAAAGAAAAAUGGCUGGCAACGAGAUGGUGGCAAUGUAAUGAGCAAUGGCGGCCGUAGAAAUGGCUGGCAACGUGCCGGCGGAAGUGUAAUGGGCAAUGGCGGUCGCAGUAAUGGCUGGCAACGUGCUGGAGGCAGCGUGAUGGGCAAUGGCGGCCAAUCGUGGAAGAAAGGCCCUCGUUGCUUCAAUUGUUCGGAGUUUGGGCACAUAGCGAGGUACUGUCGGUACCCAAAGGGAGAAGCUGAAUGCCAUGGCAAGUGGCAUGGAGGACGAAGAAUCGGGCAGCAGUUCGGACGAAAGCCGGGCGCAUGGCGUCAACCACGUGGCGUCACCGGCGUUGUAUCAGCAGCUAUGACUAGACGGUAA